AUGUCUUCGACCAACGAACAUCUUCCCCCUCCAUCAAAACCUAGACUGUCGCCGCUCGAGUUCCGCAACACAGAUCUCGUAUCAAGAUUAUUAGCGGCAACACCUCCGUACCUCUACAACAUGUCGCUGCUGCCGAACACGUACUUCUUCAGCGAGAUGCUCAGGUCUUUCGUCCAAGCGAAAGCAGAGAGAAACUCAGCAGUCCUACAUCCGCCAAUGAGAAGGUCGAGGAAAAGAACCUGGUCGACUACUAGAGCGGAAUGUUACCAGAAAUCAAACGCUGAAACCAAGCCAGAGGAAAAGAUCGAGGAAAAUCCUUUGGAACUCACAAACAAACCAGAAACCUCUGAAGCUUAUCACAACAAAAUGGAAAGCUUCACACCUAAAGUUGAAACCACUGUAUCAGAACAAAUGUACCGAAACCUACAUCCAAGCUUGUCCCAAGAAGGCAACUCGACAAAUUUGGUGCUACCUCCGCCACCACCCAUGUGGUACCCUCCCCUGUACCCCGCCCCACCCUACGGCAUCGACCCAUUACAUUUCUUUAUAGAUUUAAGAGUAUCUGGGCAUAUCUACGACGGGAAAAACCAAAAGGACAGUAUCACGCCUCCAGAAAGUUUCUUACCACCGUCACCCAAGGAGAAACCACAGAACGAACAAGUUCAAAUAAAAAACGAAAGCGAGAAUCUGAACAACAUUUUUAAGCAACCCAGGCACAGCUCUGCCUUUUCUGUACCAACACCAAGUAAAAACAAGGGCAGCCCCAUGAACCUUUCGGAAAGAGAAACCAAGGCGACGAAGUUCGACGUCAAAUCGAUGGGGUUCGACAAGAACACCAACAAAACUAGCACCAACUACAUCAUGAACAAUAUCACCGCCAUCUACAAGAACGUAGGGUGUGACAAAAGCGAGAACAAAGAAUUAUAUGAAAAUGACGAUGUUAAAGAAGAAACUGAAGAAGAACGGGAGAAAAGGGUGAAGGACUUAAGGGCGUUGAUUGGGUUGGAACUGGUUGUGGAUUAUAUGAAGCAGAAGCCAGACAGGGGGCCUCCUAGUGAUUCGCUCAGUUCUACGGAUAUAGAGUCGGUUGGUAGCCCUGCUCUGGAAGUGGUUGCUGUGAACGAUGAAAAUUAA